ACGAUAUGAUAUAUACUGCAUCCAAUAAUUGAUCCUCUUUAUCAUUAUUAAAUUCUCCUCUUUAGCUAUUUUGACAAAUUAAUUUACCAAAGGGACGGAGACCAACCUCCGGACCUCUACCAAUGGCGUCUCCUGAUUAUCCUCCCUUGAUGAAGCUCAUCAUCUUCUUCUUUUUAUCUACUUUUAUUGUCACUUACGUGAGCUCGGAGACACAGUGCCGGGAAUUCAAAUCGAUCAUCAGCUUCGGAGAUUCCAUUGCCGACACUGGAAACUUGCUUGGCCUCUCAGAUCCUAACGAACUUCCUCACGUGGCGUUUCCACCGUAUGGAGAGACCUUCUUUCACCAUCCCACUGGUCGUUUCUCAAACGGUCGCCUCAUUAUAGACUUCCUCGCUGAAUUCUUGGGUUUACCGCUUGUGCCUCCUUUUUAUGGAUCUCAACAUGCAAACUUUGAGAAGGGUGUUAACUUCGCCGUAGGAGGAGCAACAGCACUGGAACGUUCUUUUCUUGAAGAGAGAGGAAUUCAUUUUCCUUACACCAACGUUAGUCUAGGCGUUCAGCUUAGUAGCUUCAAAGAGAGUUUGCCAAAACUAUGUGGCGCUCCUUCAGACUGCAGAGAUAUGAUAGAAAAUGCUUUGAUUCUCAUGGGAGAAAUUGGAGGGAAUGACUAUAAUUACGCAUUCUUUGUGAACAAAAGCACUGAAGAGACCAAAGAGCUGGUUCCACUAGUUAUCAGAACUAUUUCUUCCGCAAUCACGGAGUUGAUUAGUAUGGGGGGAAGAACAUUUCUGGUGCCGGGAGGUUUUCCAACCGGAUGCUCAGUGGUCUAUUUGACAUUAUAUCAAAAAUCAAACGUGGAAGAAUAUGAUCCUUUGACAGGAUGUUUGACAUGGCUGAACAAGUUUGGGAAAAACCAUGGCGAGCAGCUUCGAGUGGAACUCAACAGACUCCAGAAGUUGUACCCUCAUGUCAACAUCAUAUAUGCUGACUACUACAACGCUCUCUUGCGCAUUUAUCAAGAUCCAGCCAAAUUCGGAUUCAUGGACAGACCCUUGUCCGCUUGCUGCGGCGUGGGAGGACCUCACAACUUUACCGCAGGUAAUAAAUGUGGGACUGUUGUAGUUGAAAGUUGUGAUGAUCCUUCAAAAUAUGUGGCUUGGGAUGGUGUUCAUCUGACUGAGGCCGCGUACAGAUUGAUAGCUGAGGGUAUACUAAAGGGACCCUAUGCGGUUCCUCCUUUCGAUUGGUUUUGCCUCAGCUCGGAAAUUAAGGACAAUCGAAAACUGACACAGCACAAUUAUUUGAUGAACAACUUAUAUAAGUUGGUCACAAAUUUGAGAUAAGAAUACUUAUAAUACCAUAUAAACUAGCAGUCUGUUCGUUUGCUAAACGCUGCUGCAGCGGCAGAUUGAAACGACGUGUCAAGCGGAGUAGCAGCAAUGUUAAACGACACCGUGAGUUUGAAUAUUACAGAUCCUAAUGAGUCGCCGAUGACAUGUGUUGAGUCGCGACGGCAUCGCAUCGAUCGCUGAAAAAUAUCAGCGGCAUAUCAAUCUUAUCAGCGUUUA